AUGAACUGGCCAAGAGCGGAGCGCCUUCGUUCCACACCUCCGCGCAGCCUCCGGGGCUCCGAUACGGAAGACGGUGCGAUCGAUAUCCUAGGAGAGGAGGAAGAUGAAGAGCAGGAGGAAGAGGAAGAGGAAGACGAGGAGCCCGAGGGAAGCCAGCGGCUCCUAGAGCCGCUGCACCAGCCGGAGCCGCAGAAGGCGCGGCGGGGCGCGGGCGCGGGUGCGCUUCCCGGAGAGCGCACCGAGAGCGGCGGCGGCCCAAGCGACUCCUCCGAGUUUGGCCCCAAGUUCGGGGCACCGACGGGGUCUGCGGCGGCCUCUGCGGGCGCCCCGCCGCCGGCGAAGCCCCCCUACUCAUACAUCGCGCUCAUCACCAUGGCCAUUCUGCAGAGCCCACACAAGCGCCUCACGCUCAGCGGCAUCUGCGCCUUCAUCAGUGGCCGCUUCCCUUACUACCGCCGCAAGUUCCCCGCCUGGCAGAACAGCAUCCGCCACAACCUCUCGCUCAACGACUGCUUCGUCAAAAUCCCCCGGGAGCCGGGACACCCUGGCAAGGGCAACUACUGGAGCCUGGACCCCGCCUCCCAGGACAUGUUCGACAACGGCAGCUUCCUUCGGCGCAGGAAGCGCUUCAAGCGCCACCACCCGCCUCCGGGAGCCCACCAGCACCACCCCUUCCCCCUGCCCGCUGCGCCCGCCGCCCUGCAGGCCCCGUACUCGGGCAUGCUGCUCGGGCCCCCGAUCCCGCCGCAGCCUGUCCCGGGGGCCUAUCCCACCUCCACUCCCGGGAGCCGCCCACGCGCGCUGCUGCAUCCUCAUCCCCUCCGCUACCUGCUGCUCUCUGCCCCGGCCUACGCUGAGGCGCCCAGGAAACCGCAAGGCGCGGAUCUGGUGACCCCCGGCGCCCUUCCGGCGCUGCAGCCCACGCUAGGCUCCCAGCCUUGGGAGGAGGGCAAGGGGCCGGCGUCGCGUCCGGCAGGCGGAUGCACCUCCUUCAGCAUCGAGAGUAUCCUGCAAGGGGUCCGGGGAGCUGGUACAGGCGCCGCGCAGAGUCUGCCCCCGACCCCGUGGGGUUACUGCCACCUGCUGCAGCGCCCGUCGUGCCUGUUGCAUCCUCAGGCCGCUGCCCCCUUGCUCCACGUCGCCGCCGCCGCAUCCAAGCAGCAGCAGCAGCAGCAGCAGCAGCAGGACUCUGCCAGCGGCUGCGCUCCCAGCAAGGGCGCUCUGCUGGGCCGGCACCUGUCCGCCACCGCGGCGCUCCUGGGGUGUCAGCCUGGAGUAGAGGGCUCUAGGCUGACGCCGCUGGUCGCUCUUUCGGGCGGAGAGGGGACCUCACCGGCCUUUUGA